CAUUGAUCUAUUAUGACAUAAUAUUUACUCAUUAUAUCUAUUAAAUUUGUAAACUUUAAAGUUUUUAUCUUAAAAAUGGCCCAACCAUUUGGAGCAAAGAAAAAUAAACAAAAAAAGGCUGAACCAUUUGAAAAUGAAGCUAAGGAGCUAUUUCCCCCCGAAGAAAUUGAAAAGUAUAAACUUUUCUUCGAUGAAAACUUCAAUCUUGCAACUAAAAAAGAACCAGCAGAUAGAAUGAAAAUUAAAGAACUUGGAAUUGUUCUUCGUAGCUUAAAAUUAUAUCCUACCGAAGCGGAAUUAAUGGAUAUGAUGGAGGAAAUGGAUCCAGAAAAUACAGGUUUUUUAGCGUUCUUUCCUUUGCUUAUACUGAUUCAUCGAAAAAUGGAAACUACUAACGAGGAUGAGAUUUUCCAAGCAUUUAAAGUAUUCGAUGAAGAUCAAGAUGGAAUCAUACUGUUAGAAGAGUUAAGACAAGGUCUUUGCAAGGUGGGAGAAAAAUUAAGUUUCUUAGAAUGGAAGGAAUUGGAGAAACAAACGUUGAAAGCAGCUAAAGCUGAGGAAUUAGAGGGAUCUUUUCAUUAUGAACAGUUUAUUAAUAAAAUGACCGCUGAACCAAAGAAGAAAAAAGGAAAAAAAGGAAAGAAAACUUAAUAUUAUACAAAUUGUAUUAUAUUUUAAUUCAAUAAAACUUUA